AUGACCCAGAUCGACGUUCUGUCAUGCGCUACGAAUACUUGUGUAUCCAGUGAAUUUGAACGGUACAAUAGGCGGCUCUACCUAUAUCAGGAGUUUGUUAUUGACAACAUGAAGGAGCGUGACAUACGAGCGUCGUUUUAUAAUGCCUGUGCGGGGGUUCCCGCUGUGCCACUCAAGGACUCUGAUUUCCCGUCCUUGCGGCUGCGCUCAGUUAUCCAUACCGGGAUUGCAAGCCACAAUUACUUGCCAAAUUGCGAAGACGGACAACGGCACGGCGUUUCAGGCUUCAAGGUGCUGGUUCGCCUGAGAAAUUGCCCACUCGCUGCAAGUAAAGCUGUCGGAAAAACGGAUGAGGGUCCAAGAGCACAAGAGCAGAAGGCGGGCGGGAAACAAACUAGCUCGUCGUUGGCGGACAUGACGCCAGCGGCUCUUCCUUCCCCGGUCGUGACGGUCUACAAUGACGCCCACGCCUCUUCUCACGUUGCCUCCCACAGUCAACAUUUGCCCGUACCUCUAUCUUACGCGGCCAUUGGCUCUGGGAUAUCGGUACACGCUACACUAAGCACAGACAACAAUUGUACACUUGGAGGGCGACGUAAUGCCCUGCACUUGCGCCAGUCGGAGGACUACUUGAGAACAGGCGUGCAAUUGUGGUUUGACGAGCUCCGAGUCUGCGACAUGUGUGGAGAGCGGCUGGAGGAGCAAGCUGUCGGGGUCCAAAUUUCGGAGAUGUUGCUGAAGGUACGUCCGUCCGUAUCGAUCAAUGAUCUGAUUUUCGUGACAAAGGAGCUACUACUCAUGCGUCACAAAAGCGUUGUCACCUCAUCUUUUGGUUUUGUAACCGAGAUACAUCAGAGUCCAUCGCCAUCGCAAUGCGCAACGAUACUGCUAGCGGUGUCUGGCACGAUGACGGAUGCAGUCUCGCGGACAGACGAGAGCGAGAGUUGUGGAACGCUGUUGAGGGCGAGCUUCGAAGGCGCUACCGUAGAAUACAAAGGCUGCGACGACACCGGAGAGCAGGCGACAGGCCCGGGGGAGACUGCUCAGGCCGAGGGAGAGGUGAAGAUUUUGUGGAAGGUAGACAGUGUCUGUACGGAGAAUAGAAAGAAGACGUGUCGCAUAGGACGGUAUACAACAAUAUUCCUGUGGAUAGAAGUGAGACAACUUGAGCAUGAGCUUGUUCGCAAGGGUCAUAGUCUAGGCGCUAGCAGGCCCCGACGGCGGUGCGCCAUCCUUCCAUAUAUGGCAAGCGUCGGCAAGCGGUAUGCCCGCCUAGCUCAAUCGGAUAGAGCGUCAGACUCUUACGAGCACGGACGAAAGUCCUCAGGCGGAAUCUGA